CUUUAGACCAAUUCUUCAGCCCCCUCGUUCUCAGUUCUGAUUUCUUCUGAUUUCUCACUAUCUCACCAACCACAAAAACAACUACUCUAUCGGUUUUAUUUUCCUUUAAUAAACCAAACAAUCUCUCUUCUUUUUCUCUGCGCUUCCCAUGUUGUCAAGCUCAAAAAGGUCUCACGAACCCACAUAAAUCUUUUGUUUUUCUUUUUCCAAUGAUAUUACUCGUAACGUCCCAGCUUCAUAUACCAUUAUCAGUUUGUCGCAAUUAAUGUCUGUUAAGGCAAGCGACUGACGUGCUCUGUUUUUCUCUCCCAUGGCGUCUAAAUCUCUACUACAUUCUUCUUCACCAAACUCUACUCGUUUCUUCAAUUAUCAAUCAAAUUUGAUCAGUAUUAGAAAAACCCAGUUGAGAUUUGAGCCUAGAAUAUUGAGAGAGUCGAUAAAAUGGGAAAACAGAGGCGAGAAAAAGAUGAAACAGAGCAGAGGAUUUUUGGUGGCGUGUACGGCGGAGGGUAUUGAAAGAGGAAUGCUAAUGGGAGGUGAAGGUCGUCAAGUUAGCAUUAUAUCGGAGAGGUAUAAAGUGGUGGCUCUAACGGCGUGUGUCAUGUGCCUUUGUAAUGCUGAUCGCGUGGUUAUGUCUGUCGCUGCGGUUCCUCUUGCUGCAAAAUACGGUUGGUCCAGUUCUUUUCUCGGCAUCGUUCAGUCAUCGUUUCUGUGGGGAUACAUAUUCUCAUCAGUAAUAGGAGGAGCUUUGGUAGACAAAUAUGGAGGAAAAAGAGUAAUGGCAUGGGGUGUAGGGCUAUGGUCUUUGGCUACUCUUCUCACUCCAUGGGCUGCUAACCACUCCACUGCCAGCCUCUUGGCUAUUCGUGCCUUCUUUGGACUCGCAGAGGGUGUGGCCUUGCCUUCCAUGAGCACCCUCUUAUCAAGGUGGUUUCCAAGUCAUGAACGAGCAAGUGCAGUUGGAUUAUCUAUGGCUGGAUUUCAUCUAGGCAAUGUUAUAGGCUUACUUUUAACUCCAAUUAUGUUAUCAACCAUUGGAAUUUCUGGUCCUUUUAUUCUCUUCUCGUCCCUUGGACUACUAUGGUUAUCAUCAUGGGCAAAUGGUGUUACAAGCGAUCCAAGAGAUAGCCCUUUUAUCAGUAAAUCAGAGUUGCGGUUAAUCCAAGCUGGCAAAACCGAUUCUUUGUCAAACAAAGGACAACUUCCACCUAUUCGCCUUCUGUUGUCAAAACUACCAACUUGGGCAAUUAUUUUUGCUAACGUAACUAAUAAUUGGGGGUAUUUUGUUCUUCUCUCGUGGAUGCCUGUCUAUUUCAAGACUGUAUUCAAUGUGAAUUUGAAGCAAGCAGCUUGGUUUAGUGCUAUUCCGUGGGGAACAAUGGCGGUUUCUGGGUACAUUGCAGGAAUAGUAUCAGAUUACUUAAUCAAGGCAGGGUAUAGGCUGACAUUAGUCAGAAAGAUCAUGCAGUCUAUUGGUUUUAUCGGACCUGGGGUGUCAUUGCUUUGCUUAAAUUAUGCCAAGACACCAAUGGCUGCUGCUGUACUUAUGACAGCAGCCCUGAGUUUGAGUUCUUUUAGCCAAGCAGGCUUUCUUCUAAAUAUGCAAGAUAUAGCACCUCAGUAUGCAGGAUUCCUACAUGGGAUUGCAAAUUCAGCAGGUACAUUGGCAGCAAUAAUUAGCACAAUCGGAACAGGUUAUUUUGUUGAAUGGCUGGGAUCCUUUCAAGCAUUUCUGACUGUCACAGCAGGGCUUUAUUUCAUCACAGCAAUCUUUUGGAAUUUGUUUAGCACAGGAGAAAGAGUUUUUUAGACUAGACUAAAUAUUAUUCAUGAAGCUGCUAAACUGGUAAAAACAAGAUGAGAGUUGAUUGAAAAUUUAUAUAUGUAGGCAUGAAAAAUAUGUUAGGAAACAACCUAAAUAGAGUGAUUGUGAAGAGAUGAAAUAGAGAGAAAGAGAGAGGAGAAUAGAAUAAUAGCAGAAUUUAUUGAUUUUUCAAAAAUUUUAAUGAUAUCUAUUCAAUAGCCUAUUAUAUAUA